CAAUUUGAAUCCAUUUCGCAUGUAUUUUGCGGAUUUUGAAUGGAAGAGGCAGCGAAUGGAACCCCGCAGUCGGCGCGGAGACCACGGCUUGGUCUGAUGAGACGGGCGUGCCACACCACGCCUUUGUUGCGGCUGCAGCGGGAGGAAUUGGGAACCACUACACCUACAGAUCGGACAGAACAAGACACUCCUCGCGCCCUUCCGCUGUCCACAAACAGUCGCAAACGCAUCGGAUUGUCCCGCAUCCGUACGGAGCUGACCAAGAAGCGGCUGGAGUUCGCAGCCGCAAGCCAACUUAAGGAGAAGACCAGCGAGAAGGAGUCCACUCCAAGAGAAAAAGAAAAAAAACCACAAGCAAAGAAAGCGGAACGUACAGUGGCCAGCAAGUUGCAAGAGGAUGAAAGGGGCAAGAUAGUAGAAGACAAGGACCGACUGGAAGAGGAUGAUGAAAGAGCCAAGAUAGUGGAAGACAAAGAGCAAAUGGAAGAGGAGGAUGAAGAAGUAGUGGACAAAGAGCAAAUGGAAGAGGAGGAUGAUAAAGUAGAACCACAGGACAGCAGAAUCGCCGAGCUGCAGGCAGACAUCGAGACCUGGCGGCGGGGAUUCAUAGCUACUAUGAACGACCUGCAGGCCAUGGUCGAUCCCCGGCCGACAAAGAAGGCCGUGUUGAUACAACUAGGUAUUCCUCUCGAGAUGCUGCGGUACCUGGAGGAGGACUGACACUCGGACAAUGCUUCACGGUGGCAAAAUGUAUUACUCCGCAAUAAAAACAGAUUGUGAACAAAACUUAA